GGGGGGGGGGGGGUCAUGGGAGCUUUCUGCUCGUGUUUGCAAGCCGAUUACUCCGACCACCAUGGCCACCAGACUUCUGGUGCGUUUAGGAACUGCAUGUGCCUCGGGUGUUUUACCCAGCAGCUCAUCAACGCUUACACUGUUUUAUUCCGAGUUGGAACUCUCCACUCUGUUUCUCAAGCUGUAGAAGCCGCCCCUCUUGAUUCAUCUGAAAGUUCAUUCGAUACAUAUCGUUCACCUCCAAGACCACUGCCAUAUGAUGAUCCUAGAUUCUCCCCUCCUCUGCACAACUGGUUUGCAUCAAGGCAUGAUCCUUCAAGCCAUUCACCAGAGCAAUCAGAACCACUCAGACCAAAUUAUGAUGAGGAAAUGGAAACCAUGAGUUCAGUCGACAAGCCAAGUAAAACAAACUAUGACACAAAAAUGAAAAGAUGCAGCUCUGCUUAUGGAGAUAAGUUAUCCCGAAAGGAAUCUGGAAACUAUUUCACCUACUUUUCUCCAUCUACUGAAGAUGAAGAUGUCUGCCCAACAUGUCUUGAAGAUUAUACUUCGGAGAAUCCUAGGAUAGUAAUGCAGUGCUCACAUCAUUUCCACCUUGGCUGUAUCUAUGAGUGGAUCGAAAGAAGUGAGGCUUGCCCUGUUUGUGGAAAGGUUUCACAUGUGGAACCUGAAAGCAGUUGCUUCGCCACGACGGUAAUUUUGGGAAGUGACAUAUCAUUAAUAUGGAAAAUGGAGUUCCACGAGACGACUUAGACCUUAGGCUGGACUAAGUGUCUUGGAUUAACAUCUCAUGUGGUAACCUGAAAAUAUAGGUACCUAGUCCUACAGAUACUCUGUAAAUAUACCUUUGUAAGUAUUGAACCAGCAGCGUGCUCUAUUUAGUAGAGUAUAUUGGGAUCCUUGAUAUGUUGGAACGGUGCAUAUAAACAAUUCUUUCUUUUAAUUUUCUUUCAAAUGGCCGGCAGGGGAAACUUGUUCCCCUUGGUUUGUGCCUCUGCGCUGUUGCGACAUGUUUUGAUCCUCAAGUGAUAGUCACUGGGAGGCUGUAAGUUGAUGAUAUUUGUCAAUAUAAUAAUCGUAUGAAAUGCCA